GACACAUCCAAAUUGAAAGUUUAUUCAAACUAACUCACAUCUCUGCGACUGUAGAUACAAAUAAAUAGAGCACUGAAAUAUGUCGCUACUGGAAGUCCUUAAGCUGGCACAGCCGCAAAUAUAUUUUGCAAAAAUGAAUCCCAAUAUAAAGGCUGCCAAGGCGCUUCUGCGACCUGUGCUUAAGAGUCCCAUCAGUCAGGUGCUUAUCUCAUUCGUUGUUGGCUAUUAUGCCACAACUAGGAUUGUGAAAAUAUUCUCCAAUAAGUGCACAACGGAGGAGAAGCUCCCCAAAGAGAGGGGCACAUCUCAGCAAUCAGAGCCGGAACAGAGCGCAAUCGAACAUCUCAAUAUAAAGAACAAUAGCUCCAACAAUAAUCAGACCUCAAAGUCACUGCCCACGGGUGACAAUGCUUUGUUGCUCACCCUGCAUCAGUUAAUGGCCUACGAUGGACUGAACCACAACAAGCCCAUUUAUACGGCCCUCAAUGGGAAGAUCUACGAUCUCACUCCGUCGAGGGAGAAAUUUGCAAAUCGUGGCCCAUACUCCCUUCUUGCUGGCUGCAAUGCCAACCAUGUCCUUGGCAUUGCAUGUGGCUCGAUGGGCGUAUGUGCCGAUGAUUUGGUGCAGCGCUGGGAACAAAGUCUCAACGCCGAGUUCAAUGUAAUUGGCUAUUUGAUUGAGAGCAAUGAGUUCGAUGCAGAGGAGGAUGAGUUGUUUGGAUACCAAGACCUUUUAGAUGGCAAAGUUGAUGGAGAUGAAGACGACACCUCGACUGUGGUGGGACAAUCGGACCCUGAAGCCACCUCUAGUGUGGGAAGCUUAAGCUUGUAAAUGGUUUUUUUGUGUAAAGAAAUCAUAGCUUUCAUGUAUAUUUUUGGUUAAUAAAUAAAAGCGAAAUGCAAAGAAAAAGGGAAUGUAA